AUGAUCGAAUUCUACGCAUCAGACUAUUUAGCGAACUCGAUGUUGUACCACGUCUAUAGGCAACAUCUGCUGGAUGUGAUCGUCGGUCCGGAAAGCAGUCCACAGCUA